GAUCAUCUCUGUCAUUUUGCAUUACCAUGGGACGAGGUGAAAACGGAAACGGUUGUCAGUUAUUGGGGAUUAUUUCUUCCUGGUUUAAAUAUAACGAAGAAAUAGUUGAGGAAUAUUGCAAUGUUUGGUGAAAAGAGACGAAAACUUUCACUAGCAAUUAAUGAAGUACUUGAUGGAAUCGGUGCUUCAGACAAAGCAAGACGCCGACGACAGAUGAAAACAAAGCUAAUAGAGGCAGCAAUAAACGUCACUAUAAAAUGUAGGAACGAACCUUUAGUUACAUAUUCUUUUGGCAGUCUUUCCGAGGGAGCUACAACAUUUGACAUGAAUUCUGCUAUUGAUCAGGUUAUAUGUCCUACAAAUUGUAUUGUCAUUCAAAACAUGACAGACUGGGUGCCAAAUAAACAGUGUUAUCUGAUAGUGGCAGAUGAAUUAUCUUUUCCUGGAUACGUCAAAUUACAGCGUUUAAAAACGGACAAGCCAGAGCCAUAUAUAAUGUUAGACAGUCUGCAUGCGACUGACCAACAUGGGCGAAUAGUUCUUAGAAACACAUGCUUCAAAGAUGUUACUAACAUGCCUAAGUUUGACCAACAUGGUCCAGCGUUUACUUAUGACGAAGAACCAGGAUUUCAGUCGAGAGACAUUGUAUAUGGUUUAGUAGUUCCAAAAUAUCGAAUGCAAACGAGCAUAUGGUCAAAAAAAUACAGGCAACACAAUCUAUUAUCCACUGAGACAUGUCAAGCUUUAGUGGUAGCAGUUGGUCACCCAUUUAGCUCACAACUGGAACUAGAAUGGAGGCUUUCGUUUUCUUUCCUUGAACAAAGAUUAAUUCACAGUUUGAAUAAAACCCAAAUGAAAUGCUAUAUUUUGUUGAAAAUGAUUAAAGGAACAUUUAUUCAGCCAGUUAUUGGAGAUUCUUUGUCGAGUUUCCACUGUAAAAAUAGUAUAUUUUACCUCUCAACAGAAACAAAUAAUAGUUUUUGGCGGCCUGACAACAUUAUUUCGUGUUUAGCGCUUUUAUUACGGCGAAUUUUGGAGUGGGUUGAAGUGGGAAACUGUCCGCAUUAUUUUAAAAAGGAUGAAAAUUUAUUUAUCAACAAAAUUGAAGGCUUGGUCCGUUGUAAACUUGAAUUGUUAUUGCGCUGUUUAUUACGAGAUGAAGGAAAGUAUCUACUUAAAAUUGCAUUUGACAGUUUUGGAGAGGCCUUGGCAAAACAGUGUUCAGGAUUGUGGAUUAAUUUCAGUCAAUACACAUCAUUUCAUAACUUAACCAUUCAAAAAAAUAUUGACUGUGAGAUAUUUAAUGAGUAUAAUAAUAUUGCUAACGCAAUGUCGUUCAGCAGAAACAGAAUAUUUCGUCAUUUUUGUCGGAGUAAGAACACCGGUGUAUCGAUCCUCUGUCAUUUAGUCGUUAUAAAUCGACUUAUAAAAAUCACGGAAAAUGGAAAAAACUUGGAAAGAAAGUUUGCAAGUUGGAUGAUGCGUUUCUUUAAUACGAGCCGUUGGGCGCAAUGUGUUUCUUUGGAGAUUUCUGUCAACCUAACUAGUGUGGUCAAUCUUGCUUUAGAUCAUCUAGAGAAAGGGCCUAGUCCGGAUUUGUUUUCCUCCAUUUUGAAAAGAGCUGUUAUUUAUCAUGUAAUUGAUGAUGUUGAAAAGGAGACAAAACUUUUAGAUUACGUCCGAAAGAAGAGUUCCAACUAUAUAUGCCAAGUAUGUCGGUGUUGGAAUUUCAAUACAAAGGUCAAUAAGAAUUUUGCUACUUGGCUGUUGGAAGCGGAACCUUCAUUCCAGACAGUAAAUGAACAGUGUAUGGCAUUUUGUGUGAUGUUCUUACCAACAGAAAAACCAUUAACAUUUGGUGCGUUGAUACAUGAGUUCUAUCGACAUGUUGGAUCGAGUAAGCAUUUGAGUGCUGAUCUGAGUUUUGGUUUCUGGCAUGAAUGUUGCGUUAUAGACUGUCUUCCUCUGGCAUUAUUUCUUCACUAUUUGAUGAAUAAAAAACACAAAAAGUUCCAAAAUGCCACAAGAAACUUGGAGAAAUUAAAAUGGGUCAUUAUGAAUUCCGAAGACCUCGGACACAGGGAAACUGCGUGCAACAUAUUGGCCUGGUGUUAUUUUAAUGAAGGGGAUCAUUUGCAAGGAUUCAGAUGGUUGAACUAUUCUCUACAAUUAAGAAGUGAGAUGAAUGCAGCAAAACUACAUCUUGUAAUCGCUUUCUAUAAACUGUUUUAUCAGUCGGAAUAUUUAUUAGACGUCUACUGGAAAAGCUAGAAGUUUUACAUUGUUCUGCCAUUCAUUUUAUGUUUUCAAAAUAGUAGCCAACUUUUGCAGAAAUGAUUAAUUAGAUAUAAGAAGAUGUGGUAUGAGUACCAAUUGGACAAAGGAGGGGGCAAAGAUACCAGAGGGACAGUCAACCUCAUAGAUUGAAAAUAAACUGACAACGCCAUGGCUAAAAAUAAAGAACAAACAGACAAAUAAUAGUACAGAAGACACAACAUAGAAAACUAAAGACUAAGCAACACUGACCACAUCAAAAACUGGGGGUGAUCUCAGGUGCUCCAAAGGGAUAACCAGAUCCUGCUCCACGUGUGGCACCCAUCGUUUGCUUGUGUUAUUACAAAUCCGGCAUAUAGUCUAAUUCGAUAGGUCACAUUCAUUUACAAAUCAUGUUAACACAUUUUGAACUUUUAGGAAUUUAAGUCCUCAAUGCUCUUCAACUUCGUACUUUAUUUGGCCUUUUUAACUGUUUUGAGAUGAGUCUUUUGUAGACGAAACGCGCGUCUGGCGUAUACUAAAUUUAGUCCUGGUAUCUAUGAUGAGUUUAUCAUGAAAAGGGAAGGGCAUUGUAGUUAUAACAUAAGGAACAUAUCAGAUAUCAUCUGUGAAACAGUUAUUCGGUAACGGCCAACCAACUCGUGAUGACGUCCGUAAAUGAUGUACGAAGGAAUUAUUUCAACUUCACCAUUUGGAACUCUUCUUUUAAUAGCUUCCUUGUGAGCAGCAAUUUUCUAUCAAAAAAAUUAUGAUAGGAAAUACAAGCAAGGAAAUAUCGUAUCAAUUGGGUGAUAUAUACACCGUAUGCAGGGGCUGCUGAAAUGUUGCUACAUGGAAAUGAAAUUUUACAAUUGGAAAGCUCAAAUCAUCUCUUAUGUCGUAAUUAGUUAUCAAAAGUUAUCGUAAAGUUUUGUUUUUAUCCGACCCUCAUUGUCAAUUUCUAUUCACGUCAAGAUAUGAGGCAGACUAAACUGUAUCUGUAGUAUCCUUUAUCUCCAGUUCGAUGGGAUAGCAUUUGUAAGGACAAUAACUCCUAGAAGAUGUCAAUUGACAUUUUAGUCGUGUUGACUUUUUUGUUUUGCAUGUUUUCGUUGCUCGUUAAAAUUUCUCUACAUAUCUCUUAUAAAUUUCAAGAUAAAAAAACACUAUUAUAUAUCAUAGGUACUUUGGGACAGAACAUUUUUUUUCCACAGAGAAGCGGCAGUAAUAUAGACAAUAUUUAUUAGCAAAAACACAAUUAAAUUAAAUGGUUAUGACAUACAGUAUUGAGACAAUAAAUAUAUAAGUGACUGCUGUGGAUAGCGGCCGGUAACUUGGAAUUGAUAGUAAAUAGCAACUACAAUUUAUUUCUAGUAUAUUUAUGUACAUAUCAUACUCACUGUUUAACACGAAAAUAAAGGAAACUUAGAAAUAAAAAAUUACAAAAAUCAACAGCGGUCGGUCACUCGAUCAUUGCCUUGAACGAAUUCGGAAAUAAAGAAAAGACAACAUUCAUGAACGGUGUGUUUCGAUGGUUGCCUUUGCACUUCACUGUUGUUGUUUUUUUUUAUCAUACUAACAUAGAAUUGAACAAAAUGGCACCAAACAAUAUACAAGGGUAUACAAAAUAAAGUUAUACAUAUAGGACCAUACACACUGCCUAUGGACUAUGGCAUAACUAUUACAACAUCUUAAAAAUCAGUGUAUGCUACUACAAACACAAAAUCAUGAUCUCUCUUUGGUGCAGGCGGAGUAUGUAGAUUUCAUCUCUAUUUUAAGGAAAGAUACUUUAAAGAUAAUUGUGACAAAAAGUCUAUAUUUGGUUCAAAUUGUAACACUUAUGACUAAAUAAUUUCAUAAUAAA